AAAACUGUAUAUUUUAAAAUCUGUAAUCUAACCCCUGAAUCAAGAACAUUGCUCAAAGUUUGCUUUACACUCAUCGAGAUGGAGUCGUCUGGAGGAGUCGAUCAGGGAAUGUUUAUUUCCUAGCGGAAGGAGACAGUUUUUUCUCCGAGAAGCAGUUUCUUGUUUCGGUUUAUCAAGUCGAGAUUGACUGGAGAUAUAUGCCACGACUCGAUGUGUUCUACAUCACGGAUAUCUACGCAGCAUUUCGCUUUGAGGAAAUAGGACCGAUCGGAUUGUGAGUGCAUGGAAACUGAACUGUAAAAAAGUUGAACUAUUAGAGUUAAGACCGAGAUUACCAGGAUGUGGAAAAGUUAAGGAUGCAGCACAUCUGGAUAUGACUUGCGCCGGUGAUUUAACUACAGUCGCCGUUAGGAGAUUUCGAGUAAUGAUAAACGAGUUUCAUAAACAGAUGAAGUUUGAUCAACUUAAUUCUUGAGUGAGCACAAGACGAAAAGCAGACAUGAAGGCUUCUGAGAUGCUCGCUGUACUGUUUGUUUUGGUGUAUUCAAGGAGUUACACAACUCUUGCAGAUCACGUUUUGACUGAGUCUCCCCCAGAAAAUGGUGAAGGCGAGGAGGUCACUUUACAGUGUAAAUGUGAGAACACAUUGGCCUGUGAAAACAACACCUGCUGGGGCCGUAUCUGCUUCUACACUUCGAUCCAUGAGCGGGUAGUCAUUGGCUGUUUUCACACCAUGGAGCAGUGCCAUGUGCCUAAUAUACCUGGAGUGUAUACCAAGUGCUGCACCUCUGCACACCUCUGCAAUGCAAACAUCAGUGUGCCUAAAAAAACAGAAGACCCAGUGGAAAAGCCCAUCAGUAUGAUUCUGCUGGUGGGAGUGCCGCUGUUGGUGCUGCUGGUGUUGUCGAUGGCAGCCUGUGGGCUCGUGUUGUGGCUGCGUACGAGGCGACAGCACCACCAGCUGGUGGAACACGACACCUCCAUGCUCAAAGUCCCCAGUGGAGGGGACCCAACAUAUGGGGACAUAUUUGAUGAGUUUUGUACGUCAGGCAGUGGGACCGGCCUGCCUUAUCUGGUGCAGAGGACCAUGGCGCGACAGAUCUCUCUGGUUGAGUGUGUUGGUAAAGGGCGUUAUGGAGAGGUAUGGAGAGGCACCUGGAUGGGAGAGAGUGUGGCUGUCAAGAUUUUCUCCUCUCGGGAUGAACAGUCCUGGUUUAGAGAGACUGAGAUCUACAACACAGUCCAACUAAGGCAUGAAAACAUCUUGGGCUUCAUAGCAUCAGACAUGACGUCGAAAAACUCCAGCACUCAGCUGUGGCUGGUCACGCACUUCCAUGAGCUGGGCUCCCUCUAUGACUUCCUGCAAUACAGCACGCUGGACCCCGAGGGCUGCCUGCGCGUGUGCCUUUCUAUCGUUAGCGGCCUUGUGCACCUCCACACAGAGAUCCUCAGUAUGCUGGGCAAACCGGCCAUUGCACACCGAGACCUGAAGAGCCGCAACAUUCUGAUGAAGAGAAAUGGGCAGUGCUGCAUCGCAGACCUGGGCCUGGCUGUCAUUCACUCUCAGUCUUAUGAUUAUCUGGAUGUGGGCAACAACCCGAGGGUGGGCACCAAGCGUUAUAUGGCACCAGAGGUUUUGGAUGAGAGUAUUCGUGUUGACGUUUUUGAGUCUUACAAACAAAGUGACAUCUGGGCCCUAGGUCUCGUCUUGUGGGAGAUAUCUCGUCGAACUAUUGUAAAUGGGAUUGUGGAGGAGUACAGACCGCCGUUCUUUAAUGUGGUGCCCUCUGACCCCAGUUUCGAGGAGAUGAAGAAAGUUGUGUGUGUGGACCAACAUAGGCCCAGUCUCCACAAUCGACUACACUCUCAUCCGAUCCUGUCUGCAGUUGCGAAGAUUAUGAAAGAGUGCUGGUUCCAAAGCCCUUCCGCUCGACUCACUGCUCUGCGUGUGCGAAAGACGCUCUGCAAACUGGACCAAGACCAUGACUACGACAUCGCCAAGCUCAAACUGGACCUCUAGAAUAAACUGCCAUGCAUAGCCAAAGAAGUUGAAUUCUAAUGGACCCACAUGACACAUUCAUCCAUCAGAGUACUUUUAGACUCUUUUAAUGUGCUUUUCAAGCUUCUUGACUUAAAUCUACAAGGAACAUGGCUUAUCUUAUCAAGACAUUAGUUCACUGUGGGAAGUUGAGGCUAUUACUGCGCUGUUUCUCCUCUAAUAUAUAUCCCCACGAAUGCUUUUCCAGGACCCGCUUAUUUCAACACAGUGACUCACUUCUUACUGAAAUUAAAAGAAGGUUGAUGAACCCACAAAAUAUUUUUCGCUAUAGUGAGAGAGAGUUUUUUUCAGGCAGGAUGUGGGUCUUAACUUCCUAAACAUGACUGAAACCUGGAAAGGUAGGCACAUGCUUUAGACAGUUUUUUGCACUUGUACAUUUUUUUGGCGCCAUGAAAGACCGGACCGUCUUUUUAAGAUCAAGUUCUGCAUUACAACUUGCACCAAGUCAUUAUUAAAACAGAGGACAUUAGUAUAGUGCACUUUUAUAAAUUGUUAAAUGUUUUUUACAAGAUUAAAAUUACAAGUACAUUACUCUAGAUGUACUUUUUUAUUUUAUUAUAUAUAAUGUACAGUAUAAUUGCUUUUUCAAAAAUAAUCUUCAAAAAUGUAUAUAUUGCACAAAAUGUCUAUUGUUAUUUUCACUCCAAAUAAUAGUAAGUAUUAAUAAAUUUCAGGAUACUGAA